GUCUACCUUCAUUUUUGAUCGCAGCACACUGAGACAACAGUGAUGGCAAGCACAACUGCUUUGCCACUUCAGCAAUUAAUUGCAUCAUUGGAUGAUACUUCUUUGCCAAAAAUACUACAGGUUUGCUCUGGAGUCUAUUUCCAAGGGUCUAUUUAUGAAAUUUCUGGGAGUGAAGUGUGCUUUUCUACCGGGGAUCUAAUAAAGGUCACUGGCAUUGAGCUCCUAUCAGUUUGUUGUGAAGACAUUUGCAACAAUGAGAAGUUUGAGCUUCCUAUUAACCACAAAGGCUUAUUCAAGGUUGUUCCAGAGGAGAUGCCGUACAGUACAAUAGAAGAGAUGGUGAGUCUGAGGCCCGUGGGCCUGGAAUCCUGCCUUCCCUUCACCUUCACCAGCCGCUCCAAGAUGACCUUUGGCAAUUUCACACUGGGGGCCGGGAGAGCUUUCACCAUGAUCUCCGUUGAGCGGUGCGAGGGUCAAGAGGCUCAGGUUCGCUGCCACGUUAGAGGACAACAAGAAGUCUCAGCCGAAGUGUGUAUCCCUCUGUCUUCCCGAGGGGAAUUCUACGAGUGUGAGAGCGAAGAGUGUUUCACCCUGCAGGAGAUCAUGUCCUCCACCUGCCUGCGUAGUCGAAGAUUUCGCUUUGUCAACACCACCAAGUGUGAGCGGUCGUUGGUCCUCAGUCCAAUAUAUCAGGUCCACGCCGUCAUGAACUUAAGGAAGAAUGUGUUGAAGUUCCCGUCCAGCUUAGAGGUCGAUGUGGUCGAUGUCACCGAGGUGUGUAAAGAUGUAAAUUUUGUGACGCCGCUCACUCUGACUGAGGUCCUAUCCCAGCCAGAUGAAUCCUUCCCUGCAGUGGUGGAGAUACUGGAAGCCCCAGAGACCCGCUCUCUGUUCAAGUGCAGCUGGCUACCAGAACUUAACAAGAGCGAGCACCUGGUUUUCCACAAGAAAGGAACCUCGGCCAUGAUUUUGCUAUCGACCUUGAAGAGCCGGAGGGCACAGCAGUACUUCCUGGUGUCUCAGCAGUAUGGUGGACGAUUUCGGAGACGGCCAAGAGAGUUUAAUUCGGUAUACGAGGUGUAUGUUGCUUCGAUCCAGGCGCCAGGUCUGAAGGUCAGUGUGACAAGGAACUGUGAGGAGGUUGAGGAGGAGGGCCUGCCUGCUCUCAGCGUGGGGGACCAGCUAGAAGUUGUCCGGUGCGAAAUAAUGGAGUUGCCUUGUGGAAGCGGUGAAGGACAGAGGCAGUCCGUGGAAGCUCUUUUGUGUCAGCGUCUCCAAGAGCCGGACGAUGGAGAUGAUGAUGAUGAUGAUGAUGACGAGGUGGUCAAGCAGGAGGAUAAAAGAGAGGAGAUUGUCCUGCCUCUAUAUAUGCAGGGUCAUUUUGUGGAGAUACUUUCUGAUAACAAGAAGUACAAACUCAGGGACUUGGGUAAGGAGUUUAGUUUGCCGCUGGAUGUUAAAGUGGUGAGUCGUGAUACUGAACUGGAGUCCGACCCACUAGUUGGGUUGGCAUGUGUCAGAAUAGAAGGGGCCAUGUUAGAGCCCACCAUCCAGGCGAGCUUUCCCCACAAGCCAGACCACUGUUUUGAGAUCCCAACCCAGUGGCUCUCCAUGUCUAUCUCUUUCACCAAGGACCCCCUCCCAUGGCCCAGCGAUAAACCCCCUAAGUGCCAUGUGGAUAGGGUUACUGAGGUGACAGACACAUUCUUUUAUGAAUUUCGCAAACAGGGGAACUCAGAUGAGCCUCCUCCUCCUCGACCACCUAAGCGAAAUCUGUCAUCUUCUGACCCUCCAAAGAAAUCAUCAAAAUCCUCAAAGAAAUCAUCCAAGGCAGACAAAUCCAAACAACAACCAGAUAAAAGUGCCCCUACCAAAGAGAUGGCCAGUUUGACAUUAAACAGCAAAAGAAGGCCCCCGGCUCCCCCACCCCCAGUUAUUCUGGAUGAUCAGCCUCCACCAAUUGUACCACGAAAACACUCAGCAGCCGAAAAGUCGAUGGCCAAGGCCCUGCCAAACACUUAUGUGAAAAUGGAGGAUUCUAUGAAAAAAGUUCAACCAAGCGGUGUUGCGGCAGAUGUGGACAGUGACCAUGAUUAUGAACUUGUGGACGACACUUUGGCAGCAAUGAUGAAGACAGCACAAGAGAGUGUCAUGUACUACUAAAAAUUGCAUUCUUCCGCAACAUAUCAAAUUUGGGAAGUAAGAACUGAAUGUAAGAACGGCUAAAGGAAAGCGUUAUUCUGCUGUUUUUAAACUCCAAUCUUGAACAACUUAAUGCCAAUUUACUUUUAGGCUUUAUAGUCUAACCAGCAACCUGUCCAAGAAAUUCUAAAUAUUGCAUUGAAACUCACUAUAUUACUUAAUUUUAUGUUGAAAGUAAUUGGUUUCACAUCUUUAAGGUUGGGUAUUUCAGUUUGACUAUAAAUUCCUGACAGUAUACUACAUCUGUGAGGACCUGUGAGAUUGUUAAAGCACCCCAUGGAGCUUUUGGUGACUUUGCGGUACAGUAGAGAAAAACGGAGUGGGUUGCCCUCUUGUUCUUAGCAGCGGUUUUAACUAGCACAUGUAUAGCACACAUCAAAUAUUUGAUGUUGAGGCAUCAUCCUUAGGUGUAACACAAAAUACAAUACCCAUGCUUCUCAUGUGGUCAACGAAACUCUUUAUUCAGUCCUCGGCUAAACCCACUCUGUCCCCUUCAAGGUCGUCAAUGGCUAGAGCUUUGCCAGGUAGAGUAUACACAAACUUUGACUGAACAGAUGCUAACUUUGUUGUAGUUUUUGUUGAUAUAUGAUUCAGUACUUUUGUUCAUUUUGUUCAAACUUGUCAGAAGAGUGUUGACUUAACCAUGUGGUAAUUUUUAAUGGCUGUGACUUGUAGUUUUGUAUAUAAGAGCAUUAUAUUGUGCAAUACUAAGUAGAUGUAUAUUUAAUUUUGCUGCAAAACCUUACAGUAUAAUACAGCUGAAUACAAGAAUACAUUGGACAGCCUAAAAUUGCUAAUGUUGAAUCAACACAUCUUUGUCUGAAAAACUAAACUGCAUAUUUACAGCCUGCACAUAUGUAGUAAUAAGUUACAUUUCAUUGUGUAAGCACUUAAUGUAUAUGUCAAACUCCCUUUGUAUGUAUAUGCAAACUAUAUCAGUCCAUGCUGUGAGGUGAGAGUUAACCACAUUUGCAACAAAAUGGAAACUGUGCGACUUCUUGGUCAUGGAUUCUAUUGCUAGCAGUAACAGUAGCUCUCCCUCCCACCACAUCAAACUAAUGAUCUGAGAGUACAAAAAGGUGCUACCCAGUAUAUCAAACUUUUUAUUUUUUCUAAUUUAUGACAUUGAAAUGAAUCCACAGUGGAAGUGUUACUUUUCAGUUACAUGCUGUGGACUGAGAACAUGUUCUCAAACAACUGAAUGUAGGUUUUCAAACUUUGUUGAUUAAUGGGCCUUCCAGUGUGGAAACACUCACAGCAAUAGCAAAGAUAGCGAAGAGAUAGCAACAUAAUAUAUAUAAUUUUGUGUACUAUCAUACAAGCAAACUAGCUUAACUUGUCUGGUGGAUUUUGUACUAAAAAUAUCAGUUAUAUAAAAAGUGGCUUCAGAAUGUAUUCAGGUUUUUAACAAAAUUUGAAUAAACCAUAUAAAGGUUUGUUUAUGUCAA